AUGGCCAACAAAAGUUCUCAAAAUAAAAUUAUGAUUUCAUCAAACCCAAAAAAUAAUGAGUUGAAUCACUCUGGAGGUUUUGGCAAUGUAAUAAACAAAAUUUUGAGACAGAGAACAAAAACAAAACGAAAUCCGGUUUUGGCUAAAACAUUAAAGUCUUCUGUUAAAUGUAGAGAUGUGAAACCAGAUUGUGAAUUGGAAAAUACAUCUAAAAAAAUAUAUUUGAAAUACAUUGUAUAUAUUCUAGGUGGUUUGAAAGGAAACCUCGACAUAACCAAGGAAUUUGUUUGUAAACCAUGUGAUAUGCUAAAUGAGGAGGUGGGAUCGGAUAGAGCGGCCAAAGAUAGAAUAAAUAUUGGGUGGGAAAAAUUCAGAGAAAUAACCUCUGGGCUGUGUUCCAUAGAUAUACCAUCAGACGACAUUUUCCCCGAGAUCGGGGGUUGCCGUUUGGCUACCUAUGAUGAAACCGAAAUACCCCUCGACGCCAUCCACAUCUGUCAAUCUACCAAUAGAAAAAUAGAAAAAUUAAACGGAAAUGAAGCAGAAGUAGAAGUGAUGAUAAGUGAACAUUGGAUAAAUAAGGUAGUUGGAGUAGUUAGGAGCAGUAACAGGAAAAGUAUAUGGAAUGGCCGCAAGUUCUAUAGAUUUGAAACAUCUCCGUACAUGAACACAGCUUUCAAGGGCAUUGUCACUUUAUUUAACUCUGUACAAAAGCAACAAAACAUCUCUAACGAGAAACUAAAAAAUUCGAAAUCUAUCAGAAAUCAUGAAAAGAUUAAGCAACAAUCCAUUUCGAAGGGCGAAUUUCUCGAUAUAUUAAAAACUAAUAACCAGCCUACUGUGGAUGACUCGACAUGGAAAAUUUUGAGAGAUGAUUAUAUGAUGGAUGCAUCAAUUAAAAAUUGGGAUCAAGACAGCGAUAAAUCUGAUAAUUAA